AUGGCCGCCCACACCUACGACACGGGUCACGAAUUCAAUUUCGCAGCUGCGAGGAUAAUUGUCCACGCUAGCAGCAAGACGGGCCGAGAACUGAUUGAAGCCUGGGCGUCGAAUUACAAUUCAGUUAACCAAUGCAUCAAGCUGGCGCCCGCGUAUGUUGCCCUGCGCAGGUAUCUCCAGACUCACGGCACUGAUGGUCCUGUCCCUCCCCCCCCUUCACAUUAA